CAUUUAUCACAAAAAAAUAAAAAAUAAAAAAGCAAUAUCCGAGUCUCUCAUCUCAAGAACUCUAGAAUGUUUCAGAAUUUUGAAGAACAGUAGGGAUAGAACGAAUCAAUAAACAGCAUUUUCUGGAAGUUACAUGAUGAAUACCUCCAUCUCUUUUAUAAACCGUGCCUGCAAAGCAGAUGAUUCACACUAAGCAUUGACUGCAAGUUAAAAAUCUACUACGCUCAACUUCCAGAGUUCUCAACUACAUCAAACAUGUCGUUGAUUCCAAGUUUCUUUGGUGGCCGAGGCCGAAGGAGCAACGUUUUCGAUCCAUUCUCCCUUGACGUUUGGGACCCAUUCAAGGAUUUUCCUUUCACCAAUUCUUCACUUUCUGCUUCUUCAUUCCCUCAGGAGAAUUCUGCUUUUGUGAGCACCAGGAUUGAUUGGAAGGAGACCCCAGAAGCUCAUGUGUUCAAGGCUGAUCUUCCUGGACUGAAGAAGGAGGAAGUGAAGGUUGAAAUUGAAGAUGAUAGGGUUCUUCAGAUAAGCGGUGAGAGGAACUUUGAAAAAGAAGAUAAGAAUGAUCAAUGGCAUCGUGUGGAGCGUAGCAGUGGAAAAUUCAUGAGGAGGUUUAGAUUACCAGAGAAUGCGAAAAUGGAUCAAGUGAAAGCUGCUAUGGAGAAUGGUGUUCUCGCUGUCACUGUCCCUAAGGAAGAGAUCAAGAAGCCUGAAGUCAAAGCCAUUGAAAUCUCUGGUUAAACUCAGAACAAGCUUUGUUACUCGUCUUUUGUUUAAUUCGUGUGCUUUUUUUGGUUGUUUUGUAAUGCUUACUUUGUUUGUGAUGUCUGUGCAAGGAAUACUUGGUGUUAUAAUGUAAUAUGUGAGAUGUUAAUCCAUAAAUGAAUAAGUAAACAGUUGUUAUUCUUCUUGGUGUUAUAUUAGUAUUUGUAUUCCAAGGAAUACUUGGUGUUAUACUUAGUUGGCCUUAUACUUUGUAAACCAUUUUCAAGACAGACUUUUAAUGAGCUCAAUGGCAGAUGAAAUUGGUACUGUAA